GUUCUGACUCCGCCUCCAGAAGUGGCGGCUGAGGAGGGUUUGACGGUGGAGGAUGCCAGGAAGUUGUUGAAGGCGGCUCAGGUGGAGGGUGUGAAAUUGAGGCUGAGAGAGAUGGAGAAAACGUGGAUUAGUUAUUCGGAGUUUGUUCGGGUGUGCAGUGAGAGUUGUUCGGAUCUUGAGAAUGGUAUUCUGGUAGCAAGGAGUCUUGAUGAAUCUGGGACUGUUGUUGUCCUUGGAAAUCUUGUUUUGCUUAAACCAGAGCAGGUAUUGAAAGCAAUUGGAGGCCUAAUUCCAUUACCAGCAACCAACCCCAGUGAUCCAAGAAGAAGGGAGCUGCAAGAAAUGGAGAAACAGAAAGCUGCAAUUGAUCAGAAGGCCAGGGCUCUGGUUCGCCGGGAACUAUGGGGUGGCCUUGUUUUCUUAGUUCUUCAGACCGCUGGAUUCAUGAGGCUGACAUUCUGGGAACUUACAUGGGAUGUCAUGGAGCCCAUCUGCUUUUAUUUGACGUCAAUCUAUUUCAUGGCUAGCUAUGCCUUCUUCCUCAGGACGUCAAAGGAGCCUUCUUUCCAAGGGUUCUAUCAGAGCAGGCUUGUAGCCAAGCAGAAGCAGCUCGUGAAACUCUACAAUUUUGAUGUGAAGAGGUACGGUGAGCUCCAGAAAGUUUGUUGCCCGCAUUCAUCGUCUCUGGAGCAGAUCCAAGCGAUCACUUCAUUUGAUCAAGCUGGGAAAACAUGCUAAACCGUUGAUGGCAAUAGAGAAAUUGAAUUAUACAAUUUUGUUGAAGAACCUCUAGGCAGUAUUAGGCAGGGAGCUAGUCUCAUGGGUGCUUGGUUACCAUGGCAAAAGCUUUAUAAAUUGGCCCCCACCAUUACAAAGAAUUUAGUAGUUUCUAGUUCAAAAAUGACCUUUUUAAUCAAAAUUUCCCAUCUUAUCA